CCGUUGGAACCCCAGCCGCGGCGGCGUGGAUGGCAGCAAGCCACAGCUUUCAAGUUCUAGUCAAAUGCACAGAAGAAAGCGGUUGCCAUUCAUUUUCCGAACAAAACAUGCUUUGUUAAUUGAUCAGGGUGGCUGUGACGAAGGGCGUACAGUAACAUGCCAGGAGUAUCGAUAACCCGCCUCUUUCCUACUUGAUGACAGUUUCAUUUUGGAAGGCGCAGGAAAAUAAUGUCAUCUUGGUGUAGCUUACAUUGUCACUGAAACCCUAAUUUAUGGUCUUGGAAAAUUGCUGCUCACAGGAUCCCGAUUGGUUUUCUUCUUUUGACAAAACUCAAAGUUUUGCAUAGUUAGCAUUUGUGCUCAGAUAGAGGUAUAGAAAUGAUCUCAAGCUGUUACUAAUUACUUAUGCAAAGUGGAACUGUUUCAAGGACUGUAAGAUACAUAUUAUAUGGAACUUCAAUGUCAGAUUCCUGGAGUAUGAAGUAUUCAUCAGACAUGCUAUUUGAAUGUUCAGAAUGUGGACUUGAUCAUCUGUUUUUGCAAAUUAAAAGACUUUUUCCCUCUGCCACUAUCAGGGGGGACCUUUGCAGUCAGCCUGUUGCAAACACCUACCGGAUUGUAGUCAAGAAUUGAUGAAAGAGUUUUAAGCCAGUUCACUUUCCUGGACCUGGAAGAAUUUUUCCAAUUUCAAACCAGAAGGAGCUGCCUCUUGCAUACUGUUACAUACACCUGGGUUGUAAGAAGUGUUAGUGCAUGUCUUGUAACAAAGUAUUCAGACUUGACACCUCUUUAAGCCAGCUUUAUGCACAUGAGAUUCCUUGCUCACCAUAGCAUUGCCUAAAAAUGUUUCUCAGCGAUAACUGGCUUUCCUGUUGCUACCCAGAGCUCUUUUUUGGGGUGCUGGACUAUCUAGAUACGGCUUCAUCGCCUCAUACUUUGGCUCCAUUGUCUCCCCAAGGGAGGACUGGCACGUUGGGGAUGUUAAAAACCUUCUCUAGGACCUAGGGAUUUAGCUCAGCGGCAUAAGUGCCUGCCUUGCAAGCGGGCAAUCGUGAGUUCGAUCCCCAGUACCGAUAAAAAGGAAAAAGACAAAAACAAAACAAAACAAAACAAAACAAACCUUCUCUGACUUUGUGGGCUCAGAAUGUCUGUUAGGAGUAAAUCUAGACAUUGGAAUUUUACUUGGAAAAUUCUGAGUUGCACAUUGGAUUCUUACUAAAAUUAUCUGCUGCCUUUCUGUUUACAAUGAGUCGUCUGUUUCACAGGCACUGGGCUGAAUUUUGAAGUAGAUCCAGUGAAGGCUGAGAAAGCAGGAAUAGUUUUAAGGACUUUAUUUUUUAAAGGAAAAAUCACAUCAUUUCACAGCCAGGCAUACAGUUUAUUGCAUUUAAGUGUCUAGUGAUUGUUCUCUGGAGUAUACACAGGUGCUGUAUUUCAAGCACGCCCCGCCCCCACCUGUUGAUUUUUUGGUGGAGAUCAAAUGCAGAGUCUUGUGCCUGCUAAGCAUGUGCUUCACACUGAACUCUUCCCCCUGCUCCUUUUUCCCUUUCAGACUGUCUCCCUACUGGGGAUUGAACUCAGGGCCUUUGCACUGAGUUAUAGCCCCAGCUCUAUUUUUAUACGUUUUGAAACAGGGUCUCACAAAGUCACCAGGCUGGGCUUGAAGUUUUGAUCUCCUCCCUCAGCCUCCUGCAGUGCAGGGACCACAAACAUGUACACCCUGCCUCACUCUGCUUACCUUUGUGUCUUAAAAGAAAUGUAUCCUUACUGCAAAGCCACAUCUUUUGAGGCAUACUUACUCAUUGCUGCUUCCCUGGCCUGGAGGACCUGGGUAUCUCCUGUUCAAGAGUAAUUUUGAGGCAGCCUGAUGGCAACAGACCUGGCUUGUGCCAGUUCCUAGCUGGUCAGAGCAGGACACAGGUCCUGGCCCUGCCUUCCUCUGCAGCUGAGGAAUGAGAGGUGAAUCUGCAUGCCAGCACUCUUGCAGACCCUUUGAGAGGAACCAGGGACUCAGGUGUUCAGCUCUGCACCCGCGGUCAUAUAAACCAGGAGGAAAAGUGCCCCUGAUCAGCCAUUGCAGCCAGGGCUAGAUGGCAGCUUGUUCUUUAAAAUCAAGUCACUGGUGUUUUCCCUGGCGAGGGGACAGUUAUAGGUUUCCGUGCUGGACGUCUCAAAGUUGCAUUAGGAAAGUUUGAAUUCUCCAUUCCUGUGUCGUACCAUUCGCGUUUCUCCGCUCUGGAUCUUUUGCGUUCUUUUAAGGAUUGACUGCUUCCCAUGGGUCAUUUUCUCGUCUUUUCCAGCUCACUGUUCUUCAGUGUCCUGUUGGUAAGCAAAAAGGAGAGGUUUGCUUUUGGCAACAGGCGGAUUGCAAGGAGACAGGACUCCCGUGUACCUGCCCUGCCCCUCCAGUCAGCGGAAAACUCCUUCCUGGAGUAGUGCGGACUGCCAUCCCCAUUGAGGAUAUUUUGGAAAGAGAAAGUGGGAAACGCUUGCCUGUCACUUUCAGCGUUAGCGUGUUGUUUCUGCAAGGGAUCCUGGAGCAAAGAGGUGGAUAUGAGCUGGAUGUGGUGGGCCAUGCCUGUGAUCCCAGCACUCUCGAAGGCUGAGGCAGGAGAAUCACAGGUUUGAGCCCAGCCCAGGCAACUUAGUGAGACCCUGUCUUGAAAUAAAACAAAAAACUAUGGGGGCAUAGUUUAGUGCAAAGGCCCUGGGUUCACUUUCGAGUGCUACACACACAAAAGAACACCAGCAAAAAGAAGCAGCUGGUGGGUGGCAAACAGGCAGGAGGCUUUUCAGAGACCUUUCCCAAGCUAUAAUUUGCAUUUCCUGUUCAUGUCUGAAAUUCAAGUGGCUGAAAAGAAUGCUCAUCUAAGGCCUGGUGGGAGUCGGUGGGCAGGGGUGUCGUCCUGCAUAUGAACCUGCCCCUGAGACCACCCAGUGGGCUCCUGGGCAGGGUUGGGGAGGUCCGUCGCAGUGACAUCACCACUAUGGCAUCUGAUCUGCUGCCCAGCCCCGUGUUCACGGAGAGCCACCCUUGGUGCUGAGUGGGCUUCAUCUUUCCUGCUUAGUUUGUCUGAUUAAAUGCCUCCCUCCUGGAUACUCUUCUGCGCCCUUUCUGAGACCUGAUUUUGAACGUGUGUGUGUGUGUGUGUGUGUGUGUGUGUGUGUGUGUGUGUGCACCUAUGAGACAGUGCACAUACAGUCUUGCUAAAUUGCUCAGUUGCCCAGGAUGGGCUCAAACUUGCAAUCCUCCUGCCUCAGCUUCCCAGAGUGUUGGAAUUACAGAUAUGCACCACAGAGUCUGUGCAAAGCCAACAUUUUCCAUGUUUAGUAAUUGGGUGUCCCUCAGUGACUCAAGCAUGUGGUUAAAAAUAUAUCAAUUCCCAUAAAAAGGAACUGAGCAUUGACACAAGCUACAAUGUACUUGAACCUUGGAAAUAUGUGUCUGGGUGAGAGAAGCCAGACAUAAAUGGUCACAUAUUGUAUGAUUUCAUUUCUAUGAAAUAUACGAAACAGGCCAAUCCAGAGAGACUGGGGCUGGGUAGUUGCUGGGGCAGAAGAGGGGGAGUGGGGAGUAACCGCUCUGUGGAUACAGGAUGUUCUUUUAGGGAUGAUGAAAGUGUUUGCGGCCAGAUAGAGGUGAAGUUUGCUCGACAGUGUGAAUAUAGUAAAUGGCACUGAAUUGUUCAAAGUUAAUUAUGUAGGACAAAUUUCACCGCAAUUAAAAACAUGCUAGUUGGGAUGGGAUUUAGCUCAGCGGCACAAGCACCUUCCUGGCAAGUGGAAGGUCCUGAGUUUGACUCUCCGUACAAACCAAAAACAAAAACAAAAACCCCAAACAACACAUGCUAGUCACCAUGCCUGGUGGCACAUGUCUGUAAGAGGAUCGCUGGGAGUUUGAGGCCAACUUGGGCCACAUAGUGAGUUCAAAGCCAGCAUGCAUUACACUGGAAGACCCUGUCUCAAAAAAAAUGCUAAUUUGCAUAACUUACUAUGACAAUUGGCAAAAUGGGGCAGGGUAAAUUGUGAGUUCAGUGUAAAUCAGAAUGGAUAUUUAAAUGAAGUAGUAACCAUCAAAAAAGGUAAUAAGACUACAAUGCCUGAAAUCUUAGUACUCUAGAAGGCCGAGGCAAGAGGAUCACAAGUUUGAGCCUGGCCUGGGAAACUUCACCUGACCCUGCCUCAUAAUAAAAAAUAAAAGGGCUGAAGUUAGCAUCUGAAGAUGUAACUCAGAGUGAAGGCCCUGGAUUCAAUCCCAAAUGAUGCAGGGGAAAAAUAUAACUUGGUAGAUGCCAAGACGUGCUGACUUUGUGUUCCCUGUAAUUGAAGAAUAAAUUCCAAAGGACAAAGGAGGUUAAGGUAGGAAAAGUUUAUUGGGGAAUAGGACUAACUUCUGAGAGACAGGAGGGGUCCCAGAAAUAAAUUGUGACUGAGCCCCUGCAUUAGGGGUAAUUUACACAGCAAAGUCACAAAAUGUGAAUACCACACAGGUCAAAUUGUAAUCAACCUAUAGGAUUACGAGUAUAGCCACUUAGCUAAUAUUGCUCCAAUAAGACGGCGAGUCACGUAGCAAGGAUACAUGGAAAGAACACAGACAUUUUGGAGAAGGGACAGACCUGGAUGUUCUGCAGCUGAUGUCUAACGGGCCUUUACUGGACCAGGUGAUACUAAUAUAGUAUAAUUCAAGUAACUUGAGUUAUGGACUCCUUAUCCCUUAGGGAGCUAUGCAGGCCUGGGCAUCUCACUUUUAUCAUGAGGACUGACUUUCUUCAGAUGCAUCUCCAGCCACAUUCUGAUGUCUUUAUUCUUCACCAACUUCCUUGGACCAGUCCUUCUCUGACUGUACAUUAAUUUCUACCUAACUCAGACGGCUAUACUACAAGUACUGCAAAAGAACAACAAAGACCAGAACAUAUGAUUAAUAUUUCAAAAGAAAGGGUAGGGUUUGAGAGCAGGAUGUCAGUGUCACUAGUAUGGUUCUGGAAUAGAAUGAGUGAUACAGUACUUAUGGAAUCUGAAACGAGCUGAAGGCAGUUAAUCCAUCUAGGACUCUUGCUGAGCCACCUGCUAUGUGGUUUAGCCAAGUUGUUUAGACCUCCCAGGCUGAGUCCUGUCCUCUUUAGAAGGAGGCAGACUGGUUCUUCCAGCUUUAGAGAUCUGGGUGAAGAAAUGAUGGGCCCAGGGGAGAAUAUGGAAUCUGCUGGAAUAUUCCAGAACAUGCCAGGGGCUGGCUCUUUUGGCCUGUCAGGGACAAGCACUUGGAUCAGCUAGGAAAGUCCUUGGGACGCAGGUUGGGCACCUCUGAGCCAGUCUCAAGGCAAGGCAGGAGCAGAGCCAGCCAAGCAGGUGACUCUCAGUUUUGCAGGAAGAAAUGCCUGUGUCCUCUUCCCACUGUCUGGUGCCAAGUGCGGCCAUCAGCAUGCCUGGCUCAGAUGAGGGGGAAGUGGCGCCCCCUGCAGGUGUAUCCCCUGCCUGUGGGCCCUGCUGGGGGCUACCCCUGCCCUGCCGAGCAGGAGCUGAAGUAGGCCCAACUGUGUUCUCAGAGGUCAGACACGUGUGUCCUCUGCACAAUCAGGACCGAGUUAGCAUCUGGGGUGGGGUAAUGUUCCUCACCGAGCUCGUUUAUUGUUAGCUUGAGAGUCCACAGCAGGAGACACGGGUGGUGCCUGUCUGCCUGGGGAGCUGAGACCUCGAUGAGGGGGCUGGAAGGCCUCAGACCAGCGGAGAAACAGGGAGAGGCCAAGGGAAGGGCGGGCGUCCAAAAAUAGGAGAAGCCUUCCGACCCCACUGGGAACUUUGCUAUCAACAGCCCAGGACAGAGGGCUUCAAGGUCAGAACACUGGGGUUUUUUUGUAAUAGUUUUAUGAGGACAUAGUUCAGCCACCUGAAGUAUACAGGGCAGUGUUUUCAUUUAGCCUGUAUAAACCAAGUUGUGCAACUAUCACGAGUCAACUGUAGCAUUUGCAUCACCUUGAAAAAACAUCAAAAUGACACAUUGUAUGCCUUAGUUGUCACAUACCACCCUCCAUCCUACCCCUAGGCGCCUGUUGGACUUCCCGUCUCUACAGAUUUGCUCAUUCUGGACAUUUCCUGCAAUGGAAUCACACACUUCCUCAUGUUUCAGGCCUGGGUGUUUUCACUGAGCAUAAUGCUUUCAAAGUUCAUCUGUGUGAGCCUGUGCUUGGUUCCUUUUGAUGGCCUCACAGUACAGAUAGACCUUCGUUCACUCACUCACUCACCUGUUGGAGGUUACCUCUUUAACAAGCUGUGGCUCCCCUCCAAAGAAAAGCAAAACCAAAAAAACAAAAACAGACAAAAAAAGAGAAACCCUUGUAGAUCUACAAUUACUCCUCAUCGUAUUGGCUGUUCAAAAAUAAAAUCAUUGUUCUAUUUGUAUGUGAAGUGAUGCUAAAGUUUUCUUCUAUGUUUUAUUUAUUUAGCAGUACUGGGUUUUUUUGUUUGUUUGUUUUUUUAUACCUGGAAUCAGACUCAGGCCCUCGUGUUUGCCAGGCAGGCGCCGUGCCGCUGAGCUGUAUCCCCAGCUCAAGUACCGUUCAUUGAAUGCAGGGCCUCGCCAGGCAAAUGCUGUCCACUGUGCUACGGCAACAGCCCUUUAUUAUUAUUUCAAGACAGGGUUUUACUAUGUUGCACAGGUUGGGCUCCAAACCAGAGAUCCUCCUGCCUCAUUUUCAGGAGUGCACCAUCACAACGGCUUCCUAUGUUACUAAAGGUAGUCAUGUGAAAAAUCCAGGUGGGAACACUUGAAGAUGAAAAGGGCUAUUUCCAACUUUGCCAGACAAUAGAAUAGCAGUGUCCUCACCUGUGAUGCCUCUUCUCUGGGCUGGGAGAGAGAAAGAGCUGCCUCAUUCCAGCAGGUCCUGGAUAGCACCACGGAGGACGCAGUUCCUGGGGAAAGGAAGGGAAAGGGCUUUCAGUAAAGCCCAGGUGUGGCGUUUUCAGGUGUGACACAGGCCUUCUGCGGGCUUCCAGGAGGCUUGGCUGCAGGCCCUGCGUGUAGUUGCACUUGGAGGGCUUUUUACCUGCGACCCUAGGCAGGGAUCUCCUCUCGGAAAGGAGACGCCUUUGUCCUCUCAUAGAUCCAGCCACUGUGCUUGUUACUCCCAGCCUCCUCUGCACAGACAGCUGUCCACAGCCUUCCGCUCUGGGCCUCUUGAGAGCAGGCAACUAAGGGAUACCUCAGCACAAAGCCGAGGACAGAAAAAGGAAAAGACUGAGCCAUUGGCCCCUCGAGGGUGUGCACAGCGGGGAAGGUGGUGCGGACCCCGGCCUCCUCGUGUCCUGGUAGUGAGAGAGUUGGGUUUGGUGCCCCUCUGUGAUGCAGUGCUUGGCCGUGAGACCUGAGCCUGGAUGGUGACAUAGUGUCAGCCAGGAAUGAGAGGGAGGUGUGUGGGUGCAGGGAGGGUAAUAACCAGUCAUUACGGGUCACCCAGCUCUCCCACGGCAGAGUAGCCGUGAGGAUGAUGUUGGAUGCCGGUCAUGGGCAGUGCAGACCGUGUUCUGUUGUUUAAUUCCAGGAUGGUUAUGUAAGGGAGUGUCCUUGUCCCUGUCCCCAUUCACCAGAUGAAGAAACCAAAACUCCGAGAGGUUGAGUUCAGGGUCCAGGAGAGCCCUUCCCGGGACUCCUUGACCAUGAUGCUGCCUGUUCGCUGCUGUAGAGUAUUCCUCGGGAUGGUCGUGCCCCAUUUAUUUCUCCACCCAACGUUGAGCUGUUACACACAAGGCUCAUGUGACACUGCCACAGAGAUCUUUGUGUGCUUUCUCUUCUUGGGAUGGCUGGGCCGCUGGUAGGUGUAUAUUUAGCUUUUGAAGAAACCUGCUUGGCUAUGUUCAUUUGCAUUUCUUUUAUGCUUGAGUUGAGCCUUUUUUUUAGGAGAAUGCAAAUCUUUUGGGCUCUUUUCUGUGAACUUGGUGUUACUGAAUAAACUGUCUCCCCGAGCGCAAGCAAUGCUAUUUUUGUUACGUGAUAAUUCCUGUUUGUGCUUGCUUUCUCCCUGACAUCUUUUCCUCUUGAACACAGCCUGGAGCCAGAGAACACUUUGUCUCAGUUUCCAGCCCUUUUAUGUUGCUAAUGGGUGAGUCCAGAGAGGUCAACAUUCUCCUGAGGUCACACAGCUAGUGAAGAAGGAUGCAGAGAUGAGUCAUGAAUCGUGCUCCCUGGCCCUUUCAGCCUUACUCAUGAUCAGCAGGGAGUGUUUGUCCCUUGUACAUUUUACAAACAUUUCAAAGAUAAGACAUGAGGCAACAGGGCUGGGUAAACAGAAAAUUUUGGAUGAAGGUCUUCUACUAGCACGAAGAGCUUGUGUCUCCCCCUACUGGCCAGGCCUUUUGUACCCUGGGGCUACGGUGUCCCGCACACCACUCUCCCCAGCUCUGCAAAGGAGGCUCCUCUGGAUGCUUCCUGAAAAGUCUGCACCACAGACCUGGAAUGGGGCCUGGGGUUCUUGAUGUCACUGUGAUGACCAGAAACCACCAUGACGAGGAUGGCAGGAUUUGCUGAGGCGCCUGACUUUGAACGAGGGGAAGGAUCCAGGCCUUGGAUAGAGGCUGAGUCUCCUGGGGGGAGGCUGAGGAGGAGGAAUAGUCAUGAACAAAGCUGCUGCAGUUAAGAGAGCAGGGACAGGCUGGGGAUUUAGCUCAGCGGCAUAAGCAUGAGGUUGUGAGUUUGAUCCCCGGUACCAAAAAAAAAAAAAAAAAAAAAAAAAAAGUGCAGGGACUCUGGAGCCACAGCUGGUAAAACCUCCCAGCUGUGCCAUAUUGGGCAAGUCACUCUCUCUGUGACUCAACUUUUUUGCCUGUGCGAGGGGAGAAGGCUUUUUCCACCUUUAGAACUGUUGCUGGGGGAGCAGAAUGCGUUAAGCUCCCACCUGCCCAGAGGCCGUUUCUGAAGAGCAAGGGUUAGUACUGUCAUUGUGCUGUCCUCCUGGAGGGCACAAGCAAAUCUCUCCUUCACAAACUGCUUCCACAGAGUGCAGCCACAGUAAUCAUUCUGUUCUCUGAACCAGGAUUCUCUUUGUUGUGCUGACCCUCCCCUCCCCUCUCCUCUUUCCAGUGGAUGGAAUCCAGGGCUUUCAUGAUGAGCUGCAACCCACUUUGAGACAGCGUGUCACAAAGUGGCCCAGGCUGGCCUCCAACUCGUCAUUGAAAGAGUUUUGGCCCAGACAGGACACUGUAGCAGGUAAAGCCUCAGGCAGAACCAAGGAGCUCCAUCUCCCCCACCUGUAGCAAUUUACCUCUGGUGCCAAAAGAAUACCAAUGGGCUACCCAUGCAUCACUAAUGCCCCUUAGGUUCCACCCCAAACCUAGGCUACUUAUAUGCCUCCACUCCACUGUUCCACAGAGAGAUCACCGACCCCGGGGGUGAUGCCACACCCCAGGGGAUCGGGGGUGUCUCUCUCCGCAUUCUCAAAAUAAAGGUCAUUUAUAUUUCAUACGUCUUAUCUUUUCAGCCUCCACCGGUUCCCCACAGUUCUGUUAUAUGGUUCCCUGACCGGGAACGGCAGAUGAGAGACUCCUGGGGCUCUCCCAAUUUGAGUCUCCUGCCGUUCAGGACCAGGACUGGACUGCAUCCUGCAUUAAUUCCUCACUUCUACACUCUGGAGCUGUAAACUUGUCACUGCUUCCUCGCAAACAACACCAACCCAGUUUACCACAGGUGAGCAACCCCUGGAGAUUGCCACUGGGCCAGGCCCCAGAGUUUUCUCCCCCUUUCUGUGGGUUCCCGUAACGCUCUCACGUCCUUAGAUAGCCCAGGGCAGAGUUUUCCUGGGCCAGCCUGUGUCCACACUGAAAGACUCUCACGUCCUUCAGAGCUUUUUAAGUUCUCACGGGCAGAGCUGUUACUAAACCCACGUGAAAUCCACUUGUAUAUACUUGUGACGGCCAAUUAUUACGAGCUUUGGAACCAUAUAAUACUGAUCGGUCUAAAUAAGUAAAAAGUGGCGACUUAAACUUAGUAGACCACGGCCCGUUGCCUCAUCUGGCUGUAACUCGGUGGGCCAGACCCCACACCAGAUUUUAUCUUGGGGACCACUUCCUGUCCCCCCCCAAAAAACCAUACCUAUUUGUAGUUUAUCACACUGAUGACAAGUUUACAAAACUCUCUAACUUUAAGCCUUUGUUUUGAGACUGUGUCUCCUUUCCUGCCAGUGCCCCUGUUUCCUCGCCGCUCUCCCUCCACUCGCUGUGUGCCAACCCAUUCCCCGUUAAGAUGAAAAAAAUGAGCUCAAACAGUGUUGAGAGAUAUGUGCAGGCUACUUUGAGCUCUCAUGCGUGCUCCAGCCCGGACAGUGUUGGGAGAUACUGUUGCUUUAACCUUUCAUGCUGUGGCCCAACUCCGUGUGGUAUCUCGGCUCUCAUGCGGCACUCCAGGUCCGCGUGGGUGUCGGCUCUAACGCCACACCCUAAUCUACGCAUCCUAUGAGUGGUUCCUCUACGUGGCGGCUAGGCUCUGCGGCGGGGCUCUGCGAGCAGCCCCAGGGGUCCCGGUGUGUAAGAUCCUGCCCACCCCAUGCACUACGUCCCAGCACUUGCCCCGCCUUCACUCUGUGUGCCCCGCCCCCAUGCUGGGUGUGCCCCGCCCACAUGCUGGACCACAAACACAGAUAAACAGCAGCUCGGCAGCUUGGCUCAGAGAUGCUAUUUUUUUUACAGUCUCAAGCCAUUAAAUCAAGGUUAAAUAAGCUGGCAAUAGACAAGACUUUGGCUGAAAAAUGGGAAAAUGGCCACCUGGUAAUUUUACCAGCCUUGUUUAUCAAUUAAAGCCUUCAGUAAUCUCCUGUUUAACAACUAAAAUUAAGAGGUAUUUAUGAAUUCCUUUUGCUAUAAACCACCAGUGGUGUUCUGUGUUAAGCUUACUGCUUAUAUUAUACUGUAUUGUCACCGAUCUCCUGUUUAACAACUAAAAUUAAGAGGUAUUUAUGAAUUCCUUUCUCCACCGAGCCAUAAUUAACUAUAUUCAACUGAUAUUAAAUAACACCAUAGCUGAUUUCUCUCCUAAAUAAAAAGGUAAAAAAUUAAACAGGCCAUCCUCCAAAAAUCAGAUGGCAUUAGACAUUUUAAUAACAUAAAGAGAUACUUAUAUAAAUGACAUAAAUAACGUGUCAGUUCCUAAAUUUCUCUGGACCUGUCCUCCUUAUGGGAAGUCAUUACUAAAAUUAUAAAUGCCCUUUUGAUUAUAUUUGACUCCUGUAUACUUACUUAAUUCUACAGAUAUAGUCCAGAUCCCAAACAAAAAGGCAAAACUUGACCUUCAUACCUCAUAGAGACCUUAAUAUGGUUUUUCAUGUUUUCAGCAAUAGAGAUAACAACAACACUUGUGACACUUGGAGUUCUGAGACAAGUAAACCGACACAAGAUGGAGCCGCCUGGGCCCCCCACGGACCAUGCCUCAAAUGUAGCAGAAGACAUUGGGCAAGAGAGUGCCCCAUCCUGGCAUUCUUUGAGACCUUACCCCAGGGCUACUGGACUGUCCUAGCCACCAGAGAGUGGGCAACCUCAACAAUGAUCAAAGUUGCUAGACUGCCAUUCUGGUUUCGCAUCACUCAGGCUAAGUGAUACCCUUCCAGCCCUAGAUCUAACCAUCCUGUUGCCUACUCAUCUCUGCCUUACCAAGGCCCCAAAGCCACGACUCUCAGGCUGUCGUGUUUUGUUAUCCAAUUUGAUUUCUAAUUUCUUAUCCUUUUUUUUUUUUUUUGUCUUUUUCGUUUUUUUAUCGGUACCAGGGAUCGAACUCACGACUGCCUGUUUGCAAGGCAGGCGCUUAUGCAGCUGAGCUAAAUCCCCAGCCCCUCUUAUCCUUUUUUACAACAGGACUCUCAACAAUAUUUCUUAAAGACUCCAAUGUCAUGCAUACCAGAGACAAGCCUUCCCUACCUACCAUCUUAACCUUUACCCUUUUAGAUGGGGAGUAAUCACCUCUCAUAACUUCACUCCUCCUAACCCCACAUUUAUUUUUCAGAAUUCUGCCUUAUCAUAGAAAUGUUUCUACCUCAACAUGGUCCUGAUAAAAUGACAUAUCUAAAUCAAAGGCACCUUUCCUUUUACCUCUCCUGGGUCCUUAAAUAUGACAGUACCAUGCCUCCUCAUAACAUCUUGUCUCUUUGUUUUUCCAGUCUAACAUACGUGCAUUCAUGUGAAGUUGUCUUGGCCAAAACACCUGGCACCAGCUUCUACCUGGGCAUCAACCAUCAUCCUGUCUACUCCCCUAGAUCCCAGUACAGCGCCCCUUUACAGCAGGAAACAGUAAAGAGAGAAAUCUUUGCCCCUUUUCAUAAUAAUAAUCAUAAGAUGGAAUACGAAAGAGUUUUGGCCCAGACAAGACAUUGUAGCAGGUAAAGCCUCAGGCAGAACCAAGGAGCUCCAUCUUUCCCUCCCCUAGGAAUUUACCUAUGGCGCCAAAUACCAAUGGGCUACCCGUGCAUCACUAAUGCCCCUCAGGCUCCACCCCCAACCUAGGCUAUAUAUGCCUCCACUCUACAUGUUCCACGGAGAAAUCGCCAACCCCGGGGGAAGAUGCUGCGCCCCAGGGGAUUGGGGGUGUCUCUCCUUGCAUUCUCAAAAUAAAGGUCAUUUAUAUUUCAUACUUCUUAUCUUUUCAGCUGCCGCUGGUCCCCCACAGUUCUAUCAAUCAUCCUCCUGCUUCAGCGUCCCAUAGUAAUGGGAAUGUAGGUGUGCGCUGUUAGCCAGCUUGAAUCUUUUGCAUUUCAUUCUUCUUGGGGGUUUUUGCCUUCUGUGUUGGCCCUGGCAUGCAUAUAACACUCACCCCACAGCACAUGCAAGGCUCCCAGGCAACUGAAGAGCUCUUGGCACCUUGGAGCUCUGAUGAUGAAGAUGUUAGAGCUAGGGAGAGGGGAGAUGGCAGGGGAGAGGGGAGAUGGUUCGUAUUUUGGUUUCAAAAUACGAACAGAAAUAGCCCAGGAUGAAAAGCAUAAAGGAUUAUGUUUCCAUGAACAUGAUAUCCCAGCAAGGUGUCUAAAUCUAUUAAAAGGCCAUAUAAUGUUCAGCAGAUGAACAGACACAUAAAAUGUGGUCUGUUUACUCAGAGGACUAUUAUUCAACCACAAAAAGGAAUACAGGGGUGCUCUACAUCCCCAGCUCUGUUUUUUAUUCUGAGACAGUCUCAAUAAUGGCACUGGCUGUGUGCUCAGGAGCCUCCUGCCUCAGCCUGCCAAAUAGCCAGGAUUACAGGCAUGUGCCACUAUACCCAGCAAAUUGUACAUUUUAAAUGUGAGAACCAUACGAUCUGUUAUAUUUUAAUCAAGUGGUUUAUAAAGGCAUAUUUAUAACCUGGCAUUGUGGGGCAUACCUGUAAUUCCAGUUAUUUGGGAGGCUGAAGCAGCAGGAUCUCUAGUUCAAGCCCAGCCUGAGCAACUUAGUGAGACCCUGUCUCAAGAAAUUAAAAGGACUGGGAUGUGACUCAGCAGCAGUGGCCUCUUAGGUUCCAUCCUCAGUACGACAGUUGUGGGAAGGAGGUGCUCCUGAUGAGGGACGGUAAGGGAUGAGGCCCAGCAUAGGACGGUGACGCCUGGCCCUCAGGGUGGAAAUUGAAAGGAGCUGGGAGUGUGAGUUAGGGUAGAGAGCAGGCCCUUUCCUCCAAGGCUGUCCUUGUUCCCUCUGGAGACCUUGGACCCAAGGCUGUGCAGACCCCUCCUGCCAUCCCCAAAGACCUCGCUGGUGUGCCCCAGCAUUGUCCUGCCUCCCCCCAGCAGUGGGAAGGGCAAGUCAACAUUGCACAGAGAACUAGCUUGUGGUGACAGCAGCACAGCAGCAGACAUGCCUGGGCGGAUACAAUGGAGCAGGGUGUGGUGGUGCAAGAGAGACUGAAGCAAGAGAAUCUCAAGCUUGAGUCGCAGCUGGGCCACUUAGCAAGACCCUGUCUCUAAAGAAGCCAGGGGAGGGCCUCAGGUUUAGCUCAGUGACAUUAGUGACUGCCCGGUAAGCACAAGGUCAUGAGUUUGAUUCCUGGUACAGAAAAAAAAAAAAAAAAAAAAAAGGCAGGGGAUGUACCGUUGUUCAGUGUGAAAGUCCUUAGUUUAAUUCCCUGGGUUGCAAAACAAAUACAUGAAAAUAAAAAAAUAAAAUGGAGCCAGGAGUGGUGAUGCACACCUAUAAUUCCAGCACUUGGGAGGCCGAGGCAGGAGGAUCACUACAAGUUUGAAGCCAUUCUGGGCUAUAAUAGUGAGAACCUGACUCAGGAAAAAAAAAAAGUUGGUCGAUUUUAUGUCUACAUUUGAUUUCAAAAAUAAAAAACAAGUGAAAGCACACUGCCCUGUCUCUGCCUGAGAUGGCCUUCCAAGGCAAGAGGAUGCAAAAAAGAGACCCUCCCACUCCAGUUGGCAGAAGCCCCUCCCUCUCCCCCAAGAGGUGGGGUGCUAACAACUUCACUGUGGGCUUCUGAUUGGCUGGGUUCUAUCAGGCAGCCCCUCCUUCCCUAGGCUGGACAGGGAGAGUGGAUCUCAAUUGAACCCUCCUCUCAGAGGAGGAAAGACGUCCUUCUGGGGAUGCUGGGAGUCACCCCGGAGAGUGAGGCUGGUGGUUUGGGGCUCCUGUGGACCAGCUGGGCAGGGAUGUCGGCACCCAUGGGACUCCUGGGGCCUGUCCUGCUCUGGGCACUGGCAGGAGCGACCUCGGGGAAACUUCCCGAGUCACCAGCAGAACAGGAGGCCUGCAUGACCGCAUGUGCUGGGUCUGCUGGGCCCCAGCUCCCUGUGGGCACCAGAUACAUCUACAACUUCUGCACCAACUCCAGCACCGGCCUGCAGGGGGCGCUGCAGGAGGGGAGUGGCCUUGGCCUCCAAGGCUUGGCCAUCCUUGACGUGCUUGGCCCAUGCCAGGUGGUCUUACGGCUGCAAGACUUCCAGGUGACAUCAAUGCUGGAGUCCCAGGUGGAGGUUCAGAAAGAGUCGCAGAGGUUGAGUGCUACCCUGGGCCGCCACCCACUCCGCUUCGUCCUGCACAUGGGGCGGGUGGUCCGCCUAUGUCCCUGCCUCACUGAGCCGCGCUGGGUGUUGAAUGUGAAGCGUGCCGUGCUGAGCCUGGUACAGAGCCGCAUGGGAAUCCGUAGCCGGGAGACCCUUGAGGAGGUGGACGUGCUGGGCCGGUGUCCCACCACAUACCAGCGCCAAGGGGACCAGCUGCUCAAGACCAAGGACCUGGCACAGUGCUCCCUGCGUUGGGCACACUCCCCUCUGCACUCCCAGCCCCUGCCCGGGGUGCAGCCUGCCCUGGCCUCCCACCUCACCUGCCUGCAGAGCCUGGAGGCUGGCGUGCUGAGGGCGGCCUCCUGUGAGGAGCUGCACACUGUGGGACCCCUCUCUGAGAAGGCAAGCACCGUACAGAUGCAGGUUAUCUCCUCGCUCACGCUACUGCAUAUGGAGCCCCAGGAUCCAGCUGUCACAGAUCCAGAUGAUGAAGAGGAUGAAGAUGUAACCCCAAGCAGCCUGCAGUACGAGUGGGAAGAGACUCCGUCCCAGGCCGCUGCGGCCUCGGCAGCUGAGCUAGUGAGAAGGCUGUGCCUGGCUCAGAUCACAAGCUUUGAGGCCACAGAGCUGUUCCCGACGCUGGUGUCUGAGCUCCAAGGCCUUUCUGUGGAUGAGCUGAUGGGACUCUGGCAACUUUCUUCCUCCAAAAGCCCAGACAACCGGCAGGUGCUGGUGGACGCCCUGCCCUCUUGUGGCACUGAGCCCUGUGUGGGCUUCAUGAAGGAGCUGAUCGCAUCCGGGGAGGUGGAGGCAGAUGAGGCAGAGGCAUGGCUGCAGUCGCUGGCCUUCGUCCUGCAGCCCACGGACGCCAUGGUGAACACGCUGCUGCCACUGCUGCAGUCCCCCAGAGCCAGCCCCAGCGCCUUCCUUGGCCUCUCAGCCCUGGUGCAUAAUCUCUGUGCCUCCCUGGAUGAACCCUGCGGGCAGCUGCCAGGAGUCAGCUCCUUCGUGAGGAUCCUGGGUGAGGCUGUGGGUGCAGACUGCACCUCCCAGGAGCCCUCGGAUGCUGACCAGCUCCGGCUCAUGCUGAAGGCCAUUGGCAAUGCUGGUCUGGCCGCUGCGGCCCUCGCCCCCAUGCUGAGUGCCUGUGCCAUGCUGGGGAGCAGCCCCCUGGAGAUCCGGCUGGGCGCCAUCCAGGCCUUCCGGAGAGUCCCCUGCUCUGCAGACCGGUCCGCACUCUCCCGCCUCUAUGAAUCCCCCGAGGAGGAAGCCGAGAUUCGCAUCCACGCCUACCUGGCCCUGAUGCGGUGCCCGGGGGAGGAGGUGUUGGCCGUGGUGCGGCGGACGCAGGCGGGCGAGCAGUCCACUCAGGUGGGUUCCUUUGUGUGGAGUCACCUCCUGCAGCUGCUGGAGACGGCGGACCCCCUGAAACGCAGCCUCCGGGACUCCCUCCCCGAGGAGGUCCUCAGCCGGGAGUUCCGCCCCGAGGCCUGGAAACACUCCACCUACUCUGAGGUCACCUUCCGCUCAGCGUCCGGCAGCCUGGGAGCCACCCUGGAGAGGACCCUGCUCUUCUCUCCCGCCUCCUUCCUUCCCCGAUCCGCCACAGUGAACCUGACCGUGCAUGCCUUGGGCCGGGCCUUCAGCCUCCUGGAGCUGGGGCUUCGACUGGAGCACGCAGAGGAAAUUGUGGACAGGCUAUUCUUUGGUCCAAAGUCACACUGGGGACAGGAAGAGAAGAGAAAGGCCCAGCCAGACAAGCCUCGAAGCCCAGAGCCAGGGCCAGCCAUCCCUGAGUGUCCAGGAGAAAGAUCCAGAAAGAUGAGAGACCUGCAACAAAAGGUGGCCCGGAGGCGUGAGGCACGGCGGGGGCUGCGCUGUGAGCUCAGCAUGAAGGUGUUUGGGCACGAGCUGAGCUUUGUGGACUGCAGCGCACUGGAGGACCAUGUGGGGCACUGGCCCCUGAACCUGGCCGAGCUCGCUGGCAGGCUCCUCAAGGGACAGGAGAUGCGGGUGACCCGGAGGCUGAGCCUGGUGGCCGGGGAGCUCAUCUUUCCCACCAUGUCGGGUCUCCCUGCCCGACUGACCUUCAACACCUCUGCUGCCCUCAGUCUCCGGGUGCGAGGAUCCACCGACUUCCAGCAGCACUGGAACUUCUCUGUGACCAGCUCCAUCAGGCCCAGUGUCCUGCUCCGGGUCUCAGCCCAGAUGGGCACAGGAGGUGCCCUGGGGCAGGCUGGGCUGCAGUGGGUGACCAGCGUGCAUGCUGCUGCCGGCCUGGAUGGUGGGAUCGAGGUGAGGAGGGGUCAAAACCUCAAGGUGCAUCUGAACGUGCCCAAGGAAGAGGAGCUGGAGCUGCUGGGGUUCAGCUCCGAGGUGUAUCUCGUCACCAGCAAUGGCACAAGGAGCCUCAGUCACAGACACAACCCCUCCAAGGCCAGAUUCUGCACAAGCAGGGAAGUGUCCCAGGCCUGUGGCUGGCGGCUAUGUGUGGCAGUCGCCUGGCCAGGCCCUGGCCUGCCCUUGCUGCUCCCUGGGCCUGUGUCUGCAGCUGUGACGCUGAGGAAGCAGGACCCCGGGCUUCGGCAGUACCUGCUGGAAGUGGCCUACUCCCUCCACACUCAGAAGGACAGCUGGUUCCCCAAGGAAGCCACUGCCCGCCUCUUCAUGGGCACACCCCAGUCGGAGGUGCCCCGGGACGUGGCUGUGGACGUGAGCUACAGCCUGCUGCGGGGGAGGUGCCGCCUCAAGCUGCUCCAUCCCAGGAGGAAAAUGGAGCUGGAUGGCAAGAUAGAGGCUCUGGGGAGCAGCCGUGCGGGGCACCUGGAGCUGGUGGUGGAUGACAGAGACGUGUACUACAUCAAGGGCAGGAGUGACCUGUGGCCAGCAGUGGGUCAUGAGGCCCAGCAGCUCGAGGCCCAGCUGGAGGUGAAGCUGGUGACAGCAGGAAACCCUGUGGUCCUCAUGGGGAACCUCACGUGGCAGGGGGACAGCAAGCUGGCCUUCUCAGCAUCUCUGCGUCAGGCUCUGAGUGACCCGGCCUAUGUGACAGGGCAGCUGGAGAAGAAGGUGGAGGCCGGGCUGCGGGUGGCUGUCUUGGGUGCUGAGCUCCUGCUGCCAGGACUGGUGGCAUUGCGUGUUCUGGGCCUGCUACAGCAGCAGGGUCACCACUGGAGCAGCUCACUUCGGAUCAAGUACAGCCUGCUGGGUCUGGGGAAGCAGCCAGCACACGAGUGUGGCACCAGCCAGAAGCUGCGGGCCGGGAGUGGCACAGAGGGCGACCGCGAGUUUGAGCUGGACCACGAGUUCCACUGCACCCAGGUCCCCACCUUCAGCCACAAGGUCCGGCUCCAACACCAGGAGAGCCGGGGUGGGCUGCGCUCGGAGCUGGAGGUGAGCUACGGGAGGCGGUGGAGGGAGAGCGGCAACCAGAAGCGCGUGCACAUCGGCCAGACCUUCCGCAAGCACUGGGGGCCUGCGCUCAGCAGCUCCUUCCUGGAGUUUGUGCUGCAGGUACCCGAGAAGCAGGUGGAUUGCCGUGCACAGCUGCACAGCUCGAGCCUGAGCUGGCCGCACAGGGAGGGCAGCACCCACCUGAAGGUGCAGCGCAGCGGGUGGCCGCCCCUUGUGGCUGGUCUGCGGUGGAAGGACACAUCCCAGGCCACCCUGUGGAGAUGGGAAGGAGCCGUGAACCUGGACAGUCCGUGGCUGACAGUCUCUGAGUCUCACAGAUUGUCCUGGCCCCACUCAGCCAAUUUCCAUGCUGUCCUGGAGCUGACCCUGAGCAAGGCGUGGACUCUCAGGGACCUGGCAGUCAGCGUGGUGUGCAGGAGCCAGGGCCUCCACAGGGAGGGCACGAUCCAGGUGUACACCAGGACCACCACCUACCUUCGGGUUUCCAUGCUGAUAACCAUGGCCCCAAGCCUCUUCCACAGCUGGGUGGAAAUAGAGUCGAUUUGGAGCACCGCGGUACAGAGCGAGGUCCACACUGAGAACAGCCAGAACCAAACGAUUCUUCACUGCUGGCUGAAGGGCGCCCGGCGGGAGCUGAACCUCACAGCAGCCUACAGGCACACAGAGCGGCCCUGGAAGACCCAAGCAUCACUGGCCGCCCUGAGCACCAGCACCGGGGGCUCACUGCAUGGCCUACAGCUGGAGGGUGGGCUGGAGGAGCAGCGACACAGCAGGACACUGUUUCAGAAGCGAGGCUCCCUGUUCCUCAGGCACCCCUGGCACCUGCCUGUCCCGCAGAGCCUCCUGCUGGAGGGGACCUUCACCACAGACAGGCGACACCAGCGUCACUCUCUGGAGACAAGGCUGGUCCUGAAUGGUCAGGAGGAAGCAGUGCAAACUGUGGUCCUGGGCUGCCAGGCCAGGCACCCCUAUGUCUGUGCAGGCCUGACCCACCCCUUCGAUGACAUGGCUGUACCUAGGAGCUUGGAGGGAUGCCUGGUCGCAGGGAAUCAGCACCACGCUAGGAAGAGAGAGGUCGAGGCCACUUUGAAAGUCAACCAGGAAGUCAUGCUGCACCUAAAGGGUUUGCACCACGACAGAUCACGGCACAGAGAAGUUCGGCAUAGUGUAGCCCUGGACAUGGCCCAUUCCUCACAGCUGAGAUUCCCCCAUGUCCUGAGCGUGGGUGGGGACGUUGUCUUCAGAUGGAGUCACCAAGGAGGAGCCUUUGACUUUGGUGUGGAUGCUCGAGCUGCUGUCAACCACAAUGCCACAUUCCAGGUGCAGGUGGCCGCUGGGCACUACAAGCAGCGCAGUGUCAAUGGCUCCCUGCAUGUGCAUGCGUCUGGCCAGGAGCUGGUUCUGCUGGAGAUUCGCACCCACCGGGACUCCCGGAGAAGCAGCCAGGGUGGAGCUGUGAGUGCCGUCCUCCGCCAGGCUGUUCUUGGGGCCCCCCGUGUUGCUCAGCUGCAGCUCUCCAGCAAGGUCACUGCGGCAAGGCUCUGGCUGUUUUCCAAGGUGCUGCUGGACCAGAGCACAGCCCAGCUCGCCCUCAGGGUGUCGGAGGCACGCAGGAGUGGCCGGGUCCUGAGCCUGUGGAGCCAGGCCCAGCACUCAGGCACUGUCUGGGCUGCGCUGCCCCGCCUGCUGCGCCUCAGGGUGGCGCUGACCUGGAAGGAGAUGCUCCGAGAGGGCACCAUCCAGGUCACUGCUGACUCAGCUGAGCUGAACUUCCUCCUCCGGGACAAGCAUGAGAUAGCAGGGAACAGUACCAGCAUGUACAAGAUCACCUGUGUCCUCUCCCAGAACCACACCCAGGACUUGCCAGAGGAGCUCCGGCUGAGGGGUUGGGUGCGGGCCCAGCCCAGGAGCCUCAGGGGCUGGACCAGCAUCCAGGCCGAUGCUGCCAGCCUGGCUGUGGGCGGGGCCUGCACUUGGGGCCCUGGGCGUGGCCAGUUUGCAGGCAGCCUAAACCACAACAUCAGCAUGCUGAGUGAUGUAGGACUCCCCUCAGAGGCAGGGCUACACUUGCUGCUAGCCCAGGUGAAUUCCAACUGCUCUGCCCACCUGGCCCUGUGGAGCUCAAGGGGUCAGCUGGACACCGCUCUUGGCCUGCGGGGGCCAAGCCCCAGCUCUCCUGGCCACCAGCUCCACACCAGCCUCAGCCACACAUUGCCAGGCCUUAGGCACCAGGGCCUGCCCCUCUUCAUGGAUGGCCAUGAACAUUUCCAGAUCACCUGCCUCGGAGAUGCCACGCCUACCCAGCUAUCAGGACAGUGCUGGGGAGACAGCCCAGGGCGGCCUCUUGAGGUCUCUGUGGAUGUCCGCAGCAGUGGCUCUGGCUUGGAGCGUUCGGGACAUGUCUGGACAGGCCCUGCAUUCCUCAACUAUUCUCUGAGCUACUGGUACCACGAUGGGAACUUGGUGCUGUCCGGAUGGGGCCAACAUGACAGUGACACCCUGCUGCAGGCUGGAAUCCCUGGCGAGGCUCACCUUGACGCCGAGCUGCAAAUGCAGGAGGCCCAGAUGCGAGCCCAUGUGGCCCUCCAUGAUGGGGACGGGAGCACAAGCAUGAACGUGACAGUCCUGGUGGCCCAGCAGCUGGACAGCACGCAGGAGCUGGUGGUGAUGGCCAGCCACACCAUGCCAGCUCUCCAGAGGCUGGGCCUGCCCUUCCUCAGCCAGCUCACAGCCCGAGGACACUGGGCUCUGGAAGAGCUGAGCUACUCUCUGCAGCUGACCUGUGAUUUGCAAGACCGCCUGCUUCUCCACAUCUUUGGCCAGAACCAGGAGGACAGCAAAGAGCUGCGGGUCUGGGGCCGGCAUCACCUCCCGUCCCUCCUGGGCCACUGUCCCAGCACGGUGUCUGCCACUGCCAAGUUGCAGUCCUCUAAGGGUGAGGCCCAGGGCACCUUUGACUUGGGAGUAGGAGACCAUCACUUCCACAUCAGCAGCAGCCUGUGGGCCUCUAAGGCUGGUCUCACUGCCACCACCAAGCUGGAGCAGACCUUCCCCCAGUUCCACACCCUGCCCAGGGAGCUGGUCCUGCAGACCGUGUACAGGCGAGCCCAGGGGAACCGGCUUCUGGUCCAGACCAUGCUGUGGGAUGGCCAGGAGGUGGCUUUCAAUGGGAGCUUCUCUGGGCCAGUCCCCAAGCUCACCAAGAACCUCCGCCUGCAGGUGGCCCUCUCCCAGCAGCUGCUGCUCUCCCUGCCGCAGCACUGCAGCCUCCUCCUGACCGCGGAGCACGAGGGAGGAAGCCACCAGCACGAGCUGGCCGUGAGCUGGGACGGCAGCGACCAGGUGGCAGUCGCCUCCUCUCCGCAGCUGGGGAAAGGCCAGCUGGCCGCCCAGCAGGCCCUGGCUCACCCCUUCCCCCUGUCCUGGAGGCAUGCUGAGGCCAGGGUCCUCGCCAGGAGCAGGGACGGCAGGCAGAGCCGACGGGUGCAGCUGGCCUGGGACAGGGGACAGCCUGUGACCCUGCAGCUCGCCUGGGCCCACAGGUGCUCCAUGCACAGCACAACCUGGGACGGCUGCCUGGCUGCUUCUUUAGGGCAGCUCCGAGGACCCUGGGGCCCGGGCACCCUCCAGGCCUGCGGGGCCUUCGCGCGUACCCCAGCUGUGUUCAGUGAGCAGCUGGAUCUGACCUGGGGCCGACACCGGGUGCAGCAGAAUGUGACGUAUGAGAGGCAUCAGCCACCCCAAUCAGCCAAAGUACGCGUGGAAGCCACACUGGGGCACAUCCUCCCGGCCUCCUGUGGCCAGCAGAGCCUCCGGGGAGAAGUGGACAGGGACUCGACACUCGGGCUGCACCACACCCCCCACCCGGAGCUGUGUGACCUACCCAGGACCCUCUCCGUCUCCGGGGAACAUAGCCUGGGCCCCGGGCAGUUCCUGCUGCAUUCCCGCUGGCAGCUGGGCCUCGCUUCACACUCGGACCCUGGCCUGAACCUCAGCCUGACCCUUCGCAACCGCAGCAGUCCCCUUGCGUCCAGCUUCUCCGGGGAGUUGGAGCUCCGAGGCCCCACAGCCCAGUGGGUUGGCCUGCAAGGCCGACUUUCUACCUCGGCUUCCCAAACCCUGGCCCAGCUGGAGGGAAGCAUGGACAAACCGGGUGAGAAGGUGAGGCUGUCUGUGUCUCAGGUCCCCAGCUGUCUCCAGGCCACCGUGGCCCACGAGGAGGGAAGCAGAGCAGAGAGCGUGGUACUGCAGGCGUGUGCCCACAGGCAGACAGCUGAGGUGGAGGCUCUGCUGCAGGAUGGGGAGCAGCCUGCCCAGUCCCUGGGACGCCUGGCCCUGCAGGCUGCCAACCAGAGCCUCCGCCUGGAGGGGCAUGGCUGCCCAGGGACCCUGCUGGACCUCGUGGAGUCCAGGAUCGCAGCGGUUGGGUCCCAGGUGCAAGCCCAGCUGGAAAAGAAGCUCCAAAGCAUGGGCGACUAUGCAAGCAGGUUCCAGCAGCUGGUGCAGCCGGUGGGUACCCUGGACAGCACAGCAGGCUUCCUACUGCGACUGUCCCAGGCAGGGCUGGGGGCCUUGCAGAAGAGCGGCCAGGCAGUGGCCUCCUGGUGGGGCCGGAGCCAGGUCCAGCAGGUGCUGACCCGCCACCUGCUGCUCUACCUGGAGUGGCUGCAGGCGGAGCUGGAGCAGCUGCACCGUGAGCUGGACCGUGAGUGGCCCCUGGCCACUCUGAAGGAUGCCUACUCGGAGGUGACGCUGCGGCCCCUGGAUGAGGUGUGGCAGGAGCAGGCGGAAGAGGCCCUGCAGUGGCUGCAGGCCUGGGUGCCCACGCUGCCGGCCGGUUGGAGGCCGAAGCCCAUUCGGGCAGCCCUGGAGCUGGUCGCCCAUCAGGUGCUGUCUUGGGCCGAAGCCACACUCUCGAGGGCACUGAGGCGGCUCUGCAGACCCCUACUGCACAUGUACCACUUCUCAGCCAGGAACUGCUCAGUGCUGGUGAUGUUGCCACUGCUGCCUGCAACACACGAGCCCCUGGACAUGGUCUGGGUAACCAGCUACCUGGUGGAGGAGAAGCUGCUGCAGCCUCUCCAAGAGCUAUACAGGGCCAGUGUGCUGGCCGAGUGGUACGGGCUCCACCACCGCCUGCUGGGGAGCCCCUUGGAUUACCAUGCUGUGGUGGCCAGGGCCCGGCACGUGGUGACCUUCGAUGGCAGGGUGUGGGACCUCAGUGCCCACUGUAACAGCAUCCUGCUGGCCAAGGACUUUGCUCACAACAUGUUUUCUCUGAGGCUGAGCUGGCUGGGCUCAGGGCUCAGGGUUCUGCAUGUGGCGGUGAACCACACAACCCUCGUCCUCUAUCCCAGUCUGCAGGCCUACAGGCUGUAUGACCUCUCCCUGGAUGGGGACAGCUGUCUGGACUCUGGCUUACUCCCUACCAAGAUGAGGAGGGACGUGCCCAGGAUCGAGCUGACCAGUGAGGAUGGCGUCUCUGUCUCCUGUGAUGUGCGAGCUGGCCUCUGUGGCCUGACCCUGGGCCUCUGGCACCAUGGUAUCUCUGCUGGCCUGUUGGGCACCAACAACAACGAGGCAGGUGACGAAAUGAUGUUGCCAGAUGGCACUCUGGCCCACAGCCUGGAGGAGCUGGCCCACGCCUGGCAGGUGGGUGGGGACUGUAGAGACACGGAGAGGACACAGCAAGCAUGCCCGGGACAGAGCUCCAGCUGCCAGGCCUUCUUCCAGGACACCCAGUCUAGCCUGGGGACCUGCUUCCGGGUGGUGGACCCUGCACCAUUCCUCAGCCUCUGCCUCCAGGACACCUGUGAAAGCCAGGGGCUGUCAGCUGUCUGCAACCUGGCAGCUGCCUACAUACACCUGUGCACUCGGAGUGCUGUGCCCCUGGACCCUCCUGCACAGUGUGCUGCGCAACAAGGUCAAGAUUCUUGGCUGGGACAGAACAGCUGGCGGGAGAUGCAGGGGACCCCAAGCAGAACUGCAUGCAGUCCCGACACAGGAAAGGAGAGCUGCGGGCUCCGCCUCCCCCUUGCUCCCCACUGGCUUGGAUGAUGCCCACCUUCCCUAGGGGACAGUUGCUCAGGGGACGGACCUCUGCACAGGAGGCCACCCUGUGCCUGCCAAGAUCCCUACCCUCAUUCAACAGCUAUUUCCGCAGCAGAGCCCUGGGCUGGCUGCCCUGGGUAGACACAAAGCGGGGUUCUCCCUGCUUUGGCACUGCUUCCCCUGCCCACUCCAAGGCCCCAUUAACCCUGAGUUCCCUUGAGGGGAACCCAUGGUUUUAGUUAGAGCCUUCCAUCAGAAACCUGGAAGUGAAUGUCUUAGAGGGACUGGCAGAGCCCCUUUUCAAGGGAACUUGGGUUACCUGGGUGUAUUGCAAGUUUUCCACUGUAUUUUCAAGAGUAGACUUUUCUAUGGAGUUUUCUACUGAGAAAUAAAGUUGCAGAAUCCAA